UUAUCACUUGGGAAGAUAGUAACAACGUCGAAGACUCAAGAUGAUCUCGAGAGUCAGAAUCAUCGGCUGCAUUGUUUUUGUCCUCGGUUUGACGUGCGCUACGACGACGUCCGCCGUGGGCAGCAGUAGAGAAUCCUCGACCGCCGUGCAAGCCAAGGAGACGAACUCGUUCGACUUCGUGCGACUGCUGAUAAUGAGGAUGAUCUACGGGAUCGCCUCGAUGAUGGGCUACGGCGAGCAGGUCUCGGAAUUCUUCGGUGGCAUACUGGUGCCUCCGGGCGCCGAGGAUCAGGAGGACGAUUUCGACUUCCUGCCGGAUUUCUUCUGAAGAGAAAUAUAUAAUGUAAACACACGCGUAUAGUAGCCUAGAUUUCUCCGACGAAAAUUGACGAUUGAAUUAGUGCUCGCGCACGAAAG